CUCGGCACGUGUGCGCUCUUACGUGCGUGGGUGCGUGCGUAAUACGUCGGCGACGCACGUGUGACGGAGCACGAGGAACGUGGGGGAACGACCGAUUGACGACGACGACGACGACGACGUGACAUCGGGAAACCGUGUCGGCGAAUUUUCGGGACGCGUCCUGGUGCGUCGCUCCCAUCCUCGAAGGAGGAAGGACUCGCAUUCCGGAGCAAGGCGACCAGGCUCGCGGACGAGCACGGGCGCUUACAGCCGUUGCGAAUCCUGCGCGCGGUGUCAGGCCGUUUCCUCGCGAUCGAUACCGCGUCGCUCGAGCUGCUUUCCACGUGACUCCUCUCCUCGGGAAAUCAAAGCGCCGCGCCGGCACGCCAGAAAUAUCGCGGCCGCUCGAGCUGCGCCCGCUCGGAGAUCUUUCUGGGAGUUUGUCACUUUCGCGGGGGAUCAGCACACGCUGACACGACGACAACGCAUCUCCGGUGAUCGACUUUGGAAUACCGACGAAUCUGUCCGCAUGUAACUUUUCCCGAGAGUGUACACCUCGACCUGAAUCAUUCGUCAUCCUGGCAGGUCUCCACUCCGCGACUGAGUCUUUAGGCCUGCAUUCUUCCGCCUCUCGCACCACGGCACGAUCAUGCACCCGAGCGUAAUACUAUUGUCGGCAUCGGCGACCUUUGUCGCCGCAGAGAGCAUCCUAAUGACGGAGGUCUUCGUCAUUCCCAUCAAACCGGAGACUUUCGACUGGAGUACAGAUGGACACACCGAUCAAUUUUCGUAUCAGCCCUCCUUGCUGAACGCCCCUGAUCUACCGUCAUGGAUACAUUAUACGUACAGCAAGAAGGACCAUCACGGUUUCUUGUACGGCGUCGCGCCCAAAAAUCAAAAGGACUUUCAGCUGGAGGUCGUGGGCCUGAACAGGCACACCUACGAAACUCGGUACAAGGUGCUCGACAUAAACGUACUCGAGAGGGAGAACCUGACCAAGUACGAGGUGUACCUGAAGAUCGACAACCUCAACGUGGAAGACAUGUUCGAUCACAAUCGCACCGAGAAACUCCUCGACAUAUUCAGGAAAAAGUUAUGGAAAGCCGCCGUGGAUUUGUACGUGACCUUCUUGGCGUCCGCCAUCGAUCUCGGCGCCCGUUUACCCCUGAAGCCCAGUGAAGGCGAAGGAGUGGUCAUGCGGUUGGGCAGCACGGUGCCGUUUUCGCAAGAGCUGAUCGAAUUGCAGGAGGAAGUGAAGCCGUUAGAGAAAAUGCCGUCGUGUCCCAGAGACUUCAAGAGAACCAGCGUGGAAAUACUUUUCCGAGAAUCCCAGUUCAAUUUAGACUGGUGCUCCUUCAGAUUACGAGAGGAAGACCAGCAGAGCCUGCAGCACGAAAGCGCCCGGCGAGGUCCCAGCGUGAACGACGCCGGCCUGUCCUCGGGCAUUUCUGAACACACGGUGUGGCGUUGGGCCAGAGCGAUAAAAGCCAGCAUGCCCACGAGAAGCUACCUGAAGGACACGGCCAUCACGGUUUUCAUGCCUGUGAUUCUGCUGUUUGUGCUGAACGUCUUACUCGGCACCUCCAUCUGUGUGCAUCACGACAGCAUGGAAAGACGGGAGUGUACGCCAGUCGAGGGAGUCGGGAACAACGGCAUACAGAUGGUGCAGUAUGCCAUGCCGGAGAGAGGCACCCUGAAAUCCCUGUCGGAUCAGCCGCCGAGCUCGAAGGACUCCAUGUCACGAGGCCCAAGAGUCUACGAUGAACAUUGCAACUCGUAUGUUCGUCCAAACCCACCGCCUUACACUGGACCGUGCAACUCUGCUGGUCUACGAACUGACUUCUGACUAUGCGAGGAGCCCGCGAAGACGUGGUUUUGCUAACUAAAUGCAGUUCGCGGGUGGCUUUGUCGAUGUUACGAGAUAUGCCGUGAGAAAUGUACUUAUCAAACGGCUCUAAAUUUGUCGCAAGUUGUCGCAGAUGUUUUACAGGAUGUUGCAGAAGUAUGCGGUGAAAUUUUAGCAGUGUCUAGACGCGGGUCUGAAAGUUCUUCCUUUCCAAGAUGUGAACACACUUUUUCUGUACAAUGCAGUUUGCUAAUAAUGCAUAUUCUAAUAACAAUUGCAUCGAUCCUGUUGGAUCAACAGGAGGACCAAUUGCGCGGUCUUCUGAUUGAAAUCUUCUGGAUCUUAUUUGUCGGGUGAUUUUAAGAUUCUCAUACGCGAUUAGGAUAAGUUUUUAUAUUGUAGUUUAGAAAGUAUUUCUAACUUAAGAAGAAAGCGCUUCCUCUGCCCACCAGUUUCUGAAACAUCCCGUAUAUGCGCAACACUUAUUAUCGGUAAACAUACGAGGUGUGGCUAUGAAAUAAUCGAAUUAUGCGUGUUGAGAAUUAACAAAGAGCUGAAGAGGGAUGGGAGGGAGCGAACAGUUGAGCUUGAACAUUCGCGCAUCGAACAAGUCUAUUUUCAGACCGUUAAGCCGAUUAGUUGGCGCUCGAGCACCUUUCUCAUGGGUGGAUAGAAUUUUCAUCAGGACAAUGUUCUGGCGUAUACGAAACUGCCUAUGAAGCAGUUUUUUUAUCAAGAAACAAAUAUCAGUGCUAGAACUUACUCUAUUCCUCGAAUUUGGCAUACUGUGAUUUUUUUAUUACUU